AUGGCCACUAUAAUUCGCAAUUUUUUUCGAGGUAAAAAAUCCAGCAAAAAGGAGGAUUCCGCUGAUGAAUUGGCCCGAGAGGUGUCGAACCGACGCUCGUUUCGCGCCGGCUCGGCGAAAUCGUCUCGCCGAAUGACGGCAAGAUUCGCUGAUGAUGGAAUGCUGUCGGCCACCGCUGCGUAUCACACUAAUAAUGCUCCGAAAUUGCGCAAAGGACCGCAGAGUUGUCCCGGAGGCUAUCGCGACGAAUCGCCGUGCUCGAACAAUUCGUAUGAGUCGGACGUGUACUCGACGAAGAGCCGCCAACGCGAUAAUGUCCUAAAUCAAUCGAUGCGACAAAAUCAGAACAAUGACGAGAAUCGGCCGAUGGGAAAGAGCAACCGGCAACAUCAUCGAUAUGAGAAUGGCUAUCGCCGACGCGGCGACACCUCCGAGUAUGGAAGCGACGAAAUGUGGCCAGAAUGGAAGAAUGAGCGACAUUCGCACUAUGAUCAGAGACUUAAUGAGUCAGAAAAUGAUGAUUUUGAUGUGAAGGAACAAAUUGCGUUAAUGGAGCGCUCGAAUCGGAAUUAUAGGCAAAAAUGGAAAGAGUCGGAGCAGAAGAGGCGCGAGGAGAAGAAAAAGUACAAAGAGCUUGAGCGUGAGAGAAAUGACAUGCAGAAUGCAAUGUUCAGCUAUAUGCGGCAAGCGGAUCAGCUCAAAAAGGAGAAGGAUAAGUACAAGCAGAAGCUGAGACAAAUGGAGAAUCAGCUCAAUGAGCUUCGUCAACAACAAUUUGCGCAGAUGAACUUCAACGCGCCGUUCAAUUUCUGCUCAUCGAAUCAGACACGGGUUUCGGCGUUCUUGCCGGUGACUAGCAACACGCCGACGACGAUGAACAGCACUGGUGGCGCUGGCGAAUCGCUGGUGCAGCCCGGCGAUAUGAGUAUGCUUCAAUUCCAGCCGAUGUCGGUGCCAUCGUUGAAUUUGAAUAGCACACUGGGCAACUCGCCACACUUCAAGCCUAAUCAUUUCGAGGACGAUGAGGAUGAGGUGAAGAACUUCCGCGCCGAAGAGCUCACGAUUGAAACCGCGCGCGCGCCAAAAGCCGAACCCGAGGCGAUAUCAUCGUCGUCGGGAGACAGCUCGGUGACGCUCAGCGAGGAAACCGUCAAUAAGGAGAAUCGCGGGCCAUUGAGAGCAUUGGAGAACACGACGAGCAGAUCAUUCUCGAUUAUGUCCAUCUAG